AUGAGUCGAAGAAAGGCUAUAGCCAAUGGUUGCACAACUCAAGAGAUCAAUGGAGAAAAUAUAAGCACUGGUUUUGUGGAGACUGAUGAUGAGGAAACAUUUAUGAACAAUCUCUUCGAGAAAGAGGAUGAUGCCAACUCACAGGUUAAGCAGCCAGAAUUACAAGAUGUAGAGAACAACAGUGAAUCGGAGGAGAGUGACACCACACUAGAUUCUAGAAAGAGAAUUGUUCCAGUCAACUCCACUCCAAAGUUUGUCGAGAACAAAAGAAAGAAGUUAAAGAAGCAGUUGUCGGCAAAGCAAAGAGAUAUGGUUCUUAUGAAUGCAGCAAAGAAAGAAAUUGAUUUGAAAACUAGUAUUCCCCAUGGGUUGCUGGAGUCAAAUAAAGGUAUUAACAGUGCAAUGAGUGAAAUGGCAGACUCCAUUCGUUCCCUAGGAACUGGACUAGUUCAGGGAUUUGGAUUACUUGCCCAGGCAUUAUCUCAAAACCAACAACAACAACAUCACCCAGCCUUUGGGAACUUUGGUGUGAAUUAUCAACCAUUAGCAGGGUUCCCCAAUACCCAGUACCACAGUCAACAUAUAAAUCACCAAUGGGUUGCUACUCAGUCUCAGCAAUCUGAAUCAGGUGGUACAGAUAAGGGCUAUGUCACUUUGGAGUGA